AUGGAAUACGUCAACCAGCGCGUCGCCCACGAGGCCGCAAAAGACCCCUCGUCCAUCUACACCGGCCUCAUCACGCCGCUCAACAUCAUCCUCAUCGGCAUAACGCUCUACACGACGUACCUCCUCUACAAACCGGCACCGGCUGCCUCGCUGCCGCGCGAGCCGCCCGCCGUCGUCUUCCGCAUCUUCACGCCGCGCACGCUGCUGCCCUACAACGGGCUCGAGGGCAUGCCCGUGUACCUGUCGGUGCGGGGCCGCGUGUUCGACGUCACGAGCGGCCGCAACUUCUACGGGCCGGGGGGACCCUACGAGAACUUCGCCGGCCGCGACGCCAGCCGCGGCCUCGCCUGCCACAGCUUCGACGAGGAUAUGCUGACCAAGGACCUCGACGGCCCGCUCGACACCCUCGACGGCCUGGGCCCGGACGAGCUGGAGAGCCUGCAGGGCUGGGAGGAGCGCUUCUUGAGCAAGUACCUGGUCGUUGGCAAGCUGGUUGCUGAGGGCGGGCAGUAA